UUUGUAUAUUUUAGCACUUCUCUUAUACCCUCUCGUUAAACCAAAUGCACGUGAAAAUGGAGCUCGAAGCUUAGCACCAAGUCGUCGAAGGGAAAUUCCAGUCGUCGGGCCUAUAGGCGACUCCAUUUCUGGCCACCUCUCGCGAUGGGUCAGUCGCAGAGCGGCUUGGCUUCUGAAGACGAGGGAAAGAAGACUCCCUCAACUUCCACAGUGACUCCAAAUUCUUUGUCUUCAACUCCUUCCAUGGAAGAUCUAAUUGCAGAAGCAACGGCUGAAGGUGGUGAUGAAAAUGAGACAUUGGAUCAGAAGGCACAAAGAGCACUGGAAUGUCCUUGUGUUGCUGACUUGAGAAAAGGUCCCUGCGGAUCUCAUUUCUCCGAGGCUUUUGUUUGUUUUAUUAAGAGCACUGCUGAAGAAAAGGGAUCAGACUGUGUGAGCCCCUUUGUCGCCUUGCAGAAUUGCAUCAGAGCAAAUCCUGAUGCAUUUUCCAAGGAUAUUUUAGAAGCUGAAGACGACAAGGAAGAAGAGCAAGUUCAAGAAUAUAAAAUUUAUCCUCCUUCGUGGUCCAAAGAACCAAAAUAAAAAAUUUUAUGUCCUAUAAAUCCAUUUAUACUUGUCAUAGGAACUCUCAAAUGAUGAAAUUUUGAUUUUAGUGUUUUCUAGGUUAUGAAAUUCGGGACCAAUGUGGCUGAUAACCCAUUUUUUUGAAUGAACUUGUAUGGUGAUAUAUCAAGUUAGGACAAGGCAAUGCAUGAACCUUGCUGGCAUUUUAUUCAAUAAAAUUU